UCUUGAAGUUCGAGAAAUUGAUAACGUAAUAAUUAUUAUAUUGUUAAAAAAAAAACUCUGAUCUACCAAUUAGAAAAUAUACAGACUUGAGCAACGACUGAUCUACUAACAAAAGUGAGUAAGAUCGAAUCAAAUGGUUUGAUCCAGAGAGAGAUCAGCUAACAAAAAAAAUGGCGAAUCAGAGGUUUCGUCCUCUGAUUUGGUGCAGAAAAUGGUCCAAGAGAGAUCAAGCCAUCGCAGCCGCCGCCACCGGAUUCGCCAUCUUCAUCAUCACUUUCUCUGUCUUCUCCGAUUCUCGCACUAAACCAUCCACCCAACAACCCCUCAAUCCAUCCUCCGCCCCCCUUCGGGUCCCCUUAACCCUAUUGCGCAAUGCCACCCACAGAGGCGCCUUUUGUUUGGAUGGGAGUUUGCCUGCAUACCAUUUACAAAAGGGUUUUGGAUCUGGUUCUAGUAACUGGGUUCUUCACGUUGAGGGUGGAGGUUGGUGUGAUACAAUUGAAUCGUGUUCUUCUCGUAAGAGAACUGAAUUAGGUUCUUCAAGAUAUAUGGAUGGUCAAGUUCAAUUUUCUGGAAUUUUGAGCCAAGAAUUGUCACAAAAUCCUGAUUUCUUUAACUGGAACAAAGUCAAGAUACGCUAUUGUGAUGGUGCAUCUUUUGCUGGGCACCCUGAAAGUGAGUUUAAGAAUGGAACAGAACUAUUCUUCAGGGGUCAGCUUAUUUGGGAAACACUUAUGGAUGAGCUCUUGUCAAUUGGAUUGUCUAAUGCUAGACAGGCUCUUCUUUCAGGAUGUUCUGCUGGAGGGUUGGCAACUCUCAUACACUGUGAUAACUUCCGCAAAAUUUUGCCAAAAUAUGCUACUGUCAAAUGUCUUGCUGAUGCAGGGUUCUUCCUUAAUGUGAAAGAUGUUGCUGGACAUCGUACCAUUGCAACUUUUUAUCAAGAUGUUGUCCACCUCCAGGCUGUAGCAAAAAGUUUGGACAAGGAUUGUGUUGCAAGGAUGGAACCAUCUAAGUGUUUCUUCCCUCAAGAAUUUAUAAAAAACAUAAAGACGCCAAUUUUCCUUGUCCAUCCAGCUUAUGAUUUUUGGCAGAUAAAACACAUCUUUGUACCAGAUGAAUCUGAUCCUCAUGGAAGCUGGUUCAAAUGCAAGUUGAAUAUUGAUAAUUGUAAUCCUAGCCAGAUGGAAGUACUACAUGGUUAUCGACAUUCAUUGCUGAAGGUAUUAAGUGAAUUCCAGCAAAACAAGGAGGGGGGAAUGUUUAUAAAUUCCUGCUAUGUUCAUUGCCAGACAUGGAUGACUGAGACAUGGCAUUCUUCUAAUUCCCCAAGAAUCAACAGUAAGACAAUUGCAGAGUCUGUUGGUGACUGGUUCUUCAACAGACAAGUUGCGAAACAAAUUGAUUGUCCAUAUCCGUGCAACCCUACUUGUUAUAAUAUAGUCUGGUAGUCUCAGCUCCAUCUUCCUGACUUCGCAAUCUAUUGCUAAUGGAAAUCAUCCUCACUUCCACCAAAGUGAGACCCGGGAUAUGAAAGAUGAAGUUGCAGAAAGGAAUACAGUGAACAGUUCGUGUCAUUACUUCCAUGGGAGAGAAGGACAACACAUUUGCUGCUUUCUGCAUCAUAGAAUCUGCAUAUUCAUUGGAAAAAUCGUAAUAUAGAAAUUUGUCGUAAUAUUCGGGUUUACUGUGUCCUAUUAUACUUUAGCCCCUCUUUCAUUAAACUUGAUUGACCAUGAGUCUUUUUUUUUGGGAUUUGUUUUGUACCUAGUUGCUUUGACUCUGAUGAUUGCAAUUGUGCCUAGUUGCCUUUCCAGAUCUUUGAUGUUUAUUCAAAUAUGAACUUGACAAGCUCAUGGGGCUCACACAGAGUCUCGUUUUGAUAAUUUGAGUUGUUCAUUUUAUGGGA